CUCUGGAUGAAAAAGUGAUAUCUCUCAUUUCUACUGAAUUAAUUUGAUCUGUUGCUUGUCACAGAGGCAAACGAAUCAUGUAUUCGCUGAAAUGUUUUGCUGUUUUGGCCAUCACUUAUGUCAUCACAGUGUUAGGAUCUCACAUCUGCCUGUCUGAACCCGCUGUCACAUGUUCUUGCCAACUUCAGUGGCAAUUGUGGCAGAACGGGUGUUAUCGCCUGACUCCUUCACGGCAUUCUUGGGAUGACGCCAAGAAAGCUUGCAAAGACAUGGAAGGCAAGAUGGCCGCUCCCCGCUCGAUCGAGGAAUUGAAGUUCAUAGUGGAAAUGGCCCGAAAGGUUGACAGGGAUUACGUGGCAUGGAUUGCUUGUAAUGAUUUGGAGGUUGAAGGAACUUGGAAGUGUGAUGGUCAGGAAGGAAGAGAGCCCUUCCUGGCAUGGAAUACACAACAACCAGAUAAUGCAGGCAAUCAAGAUUGUGCUCUCAUAUCGGCACUUCAUAAUGACAGGAUGGAUGAUGCACGCUGUCAAGCUCAAUUGAGGGCUUUUUGUGUUCGUCAGGCAGCUUGCACUCAUCUCCCAACCCAACCCCGUCAAUACUGCCUCUCUACCGACACUCACGGCCGCCUUCUCAACUCAACCUGCCUCCUCGACCACAACAUCCGGGAGUUUAUCACCCAGGGCGUGGCCGCCUGUGGCUCAGCCUGCGCCAAGGAGCCCGGAUGCCGCUCCUUCAACAUCAAGAAAACCGAAGAAGGGAAGAAAGUAUGCCAACUGAACAACAGCACAAGCUCCGAAGAUAAGGACAAGUUUCAGAAGACCCAUUAUUUCUGUAUGUACUCAGAAGUGUGCUUCGGCUAA